UCUUCCAGACCGUUAGACCUUCCGGCUUCGACCAAGAACUCCUCCUUUUCAUGCCACCUAGCUGCAGACUCCUCUUCUCUCCUCUGCUCAUCGAUUCUUCUUUGUAACCACCCACUCCUGGUCAGCCUUCCCCCACCCCACUACCCUUUCAACGAAGAGUUCGACAUCUGGCUCACUGUCUUCUCCAUCCCAAGUCCUGACAUCAUUCUGGCUCUCCAGAACACACCUACCCUCUCUUCCAUAUGACAGCCCUUCAGAGACUUGAAGACAGUGUGUGACUCUCCUGUGAGUUAAGAGCACCAGCUGAGUCAGACAGACCCGAGUGACAAGCACAGCUUCACUCCUUCUCAGCUGUGAGAGCUAAGAUUUUUCUAGCCAUCCGGGCUUCAGCAAGGCCUUAGUAGCAUCAGUUUACGGGCUCCCUUCACAUUAUCCUGUGACCAUGGCAGAUAUGUCAGUACCUUUACAGUCACUCCGAUUCAAAAAUAUGCUGAGGGAGGAAAAUGAUGACUCCCCAAACAGGGGGACAACAUUCUCUGGACCAAUGCUAGACAACAGAGCAGAAGUACAAGUUCUUCAUUCUCAUGCACACUCCAUAGUCUCAACUUCGGUGUCAGAUCCUGGGGGAAUGUCAACACAACUGAUGACAUCUCCAGCCUUUGACCCCAUGUCUGCACCUUUGAUGGGAACACCCAACUCUGAAACACUUUCUCCACCACUAAUACCAGCCUCAGACUCGGGGUCACUUUCCCCAUUGCUAAUGCCAGCUGUAGAUUCUGAGGCACUAUCCCCAUUGUUAAUGCCAACUUCAGACUCUGGGACCCUGUCUCCAUUGCUACUGCCAACCUCUGAUUCUGGAACACUGUCCCCACUGCUAUCUACUCCUGAUUAUGGAUUAAUGUCCCCAGGGCUGAUGACAAUUCCUGAUUUUGGAACAAUGACCUCAGCACUAAUGGAAGCAUCAGAUUCUGCAGAGAUAUCACCAUUGGCAAUGCCAUCUUCAUCCUCUGGAGUGAUGUCUGCACCUAUAAUGAGAACUCCAUCCUCUGAUUCAAUGUCCACACCACUGAUGUUGGUUCCAGAUCCUGGGGAGAUAUCCCCACUCCUAAUGCUAGAUGUAAACUCUGGAGUUAUGGGCACACAGCCAAUGUCAGCCCUGGGUUCUGAAGCAAUGUCACCAUGGCAAAUUACAGAUGAGGACACUGAAGCAAUGUCCAAAGUGCUAAUGACUGCCCUGGAGUCUGGAGAGAUAUCAUCACUGCUAAUGUCAGGCACAGACACAGAAACAUUAUCCUCACUGAUAAUGUCAGCCCUUGGUCCUGGACCAACAUCAAACCAGCCAAUGAGCAUCCAGGACUGUGGAGAAAUGUCCACUCUGCAAAUAUCAGGACCAGACUCUGGGGUAAUUUCUUCAUCACUAGCAUCAGUUCCACACUCUGAAACAAUGUUCACCCCACUUUUGUCACUCCCAGAUACUGCAGAAAUGCCAAAGCCAGUCUCAGAUGCUGAAGCAAUGUCUCCACUGCUAAUGUCAGCUCUAACUUCUGAAGUGAUGCCCACCCACAUGAUGACAUUACAAGGCACUGGAGUGAUGUCCCCACAGUUAUCACAAACUCUGGAUUCUCACAUCAUAUCUACUCUACCAAUGAGAGCAUCAGCCUCUGGCAUGAUGACCACACUACCAGUGAGAGCCUCAGAUCUCGGUGCAGUGUCUGCACAACGAACAAGAGCCCCAGCCUCUGGAAAUAUGUCUACAUUGCUAAAGACAGUCCCAGCUACUGGAGCAGUGUCCAUCCCUCUGAUAACAGCCACAGCCACUGGAGUAAUGUCCAUGGAACAAAUGUCAACUGCAGCCUCCAAAGCAAUGUCCACACCACUAACAAUGGCAAGAAAUUCUGGAGCAAUGUCCACAGGCUUUAUGAAAGCUACAACCAAAAGGGCAAUAUCCACACCUCGAGUAAAAACCCAAACCUCUGGAAUGUCAUCCACAUCAAAGAGAAUCCCAGCCUCUGCAGCAAUGUCCAUGCAGGCAAUUACAGUCCCAGCAUCAGAAACCACAUCUAUUCCACAACUAACAGCCCAGAUGGAAGGAUCAAGGUCUACACUGCAAAUGAGAGUUCCAGUCUCUGGAGCCAUGUCCUUGACACAAUGGAGAACAACAGUUUCUGGAAUGACAGCUAUACCACAAAUGAGAGAACCAAUCUCUGGAGCAAUGUCCUCUGCACCAAUGACAGCCAAAGACUCUGGAGCAACAUCCACAUUUUUCAUGAGAGACACAGUUUCAGGAGUGUUGCCCAUGCCUCAGAUGAGAUCUACAGCCCCAGGAGUGUUGACCAAGCCACUGAUGACAUCCCAGCCCCCAGAUUCAAAUUUCAUGCAGCAAAUUGCAGCUACAACUUCUGGAGAGAUAUCCACAAUGAUGAUGGGAGACCCAGUUUCUGGAGCCAUGGACAUGCCACAGAUGGCAGACUUUGCCUCUACAGGGAUGUCCAUGCCUCUAAUGAGAGCCUCAGGCUCUGGAACAGUGCCCACAGCACAGAUGAGGGCCAGUCAGUCAAUGAGCUCCCAGGACUCCAGAGUGAUGUCCACACCAAUCAUGAGAUCCAUGACCUCUGGAGGGAUGUCUCCAUUACAGAUUCGAGCCCCAUCCUCUGAAAUGAUGUCUACUCCAAAGAUGAGAACCCAAACUUCUGGAGCAAUGUCCACACCACUAAUGAGAACCUCAGACUCUGCAGAGAUGGUGGCACUGCUCACAGGAGCUUCAUCCUCUGGAGAGAUGUCUCCAUCACUAAUGAGACCCUCAACUUCAGGAGAGAUAACGACCUCUAUGAGAGAUCCAUUUUACAGAGCACUAUAUACUCCACAAAUGACAGCCACAGGCUCUGAAAUGAUGUCCAUGCCACAGAUGAGAGUCCCAGUCUCUGGGGUGAUGUCCACACCGCUAAUGCAUCCCAUGGCCCCUGGAGUGAUGUCCAUGCCUCAGAUGACACCUACAGCUUCUGGAGGUGUGUCCACACCACUAAUGAAAGGCCCAACAUCUGGGGCAAUGUCCAUACCACAUAUGGUGCCUACAGAUUCUGGUGAGGUGUGUAUACCAUCAGUACGAGGUCCAGUCUCUGGAGUGAUGUCCUCAUCACAAGUAAGAACCCCAGUCUCUGGAAUUAUGCCCAUGCCAUUAAGGAGACCCUCAGCCUCUGAAGUAGUGCCUGCAGAGCUAAUGAGAACCCUAGUAUCUGGAAAGAUGUCCACUGCACAAACAACAGCCAUUGCCUCUGGAGGGAUGUCCAAGCCAAUGAGAACCACAACCUCUGGAACAAUGCCCAUGCCAUUGCUGUCAACAGUGACUUCCAGAGAGAUGUCUUUGCCACCAAUGAAAGGAAUGGCCUCAGGAGCAAUGUCUACAUGUCAAACAAGAGACUCAAGUAAUUCUGGUUCUAUAUGUGAACCACAGGCAACAUAUACAACUUCUGGAGGAAAGACCAUACCACCAAUGAGAACCAAAGCUUCUGAAAUGAUGUCCAUGCCAUUUCUGAGAGCCACAGCAUCUGGAAGCAUGUCUAGGCCACAAAUGACAGCCAUGACCUCUGGGGGGAUGUCUAUGCCACGAAUGAGUGCCCCAGUUCCGGGUGUCAUGUCCACACCACAUGUAACAGCAUCAACCUCUGGAAUAGUAUCUACUCAGGAUAUCAAAGGCAUGAACACAGAGGAAACAUCUGCCUCUCAUAUCAAUGCCAAAGCCUCUGGAUCCAAGUCCAUACCACAGGCAACUGCUACAACCUCUGAGAAGAUAAAUCCACCACCCAAAGAAGUUCCAUCCUUUGGCAUGCUGACUCCAGCACUCUGCUACCUCUUAGAAGAGCAGGAGGCUGCCCGCGGUUCAUGUUCUGGGGAGGAGGAGAUGGAGAUUGAUGAAGAGAAGCAGAUGAAGGGAUUUUUGAAUGAUUCCGAGAGAAUGGCAUUUCUGGUGUCUCUCCACCUGGGGGCUGCAGAGAGGUGGUCUAUUUUGCAAAUGGAGGUAGGAAGCCCCCUUUCAGAUGAAAAUAAGUCUUUCCUGAGAAGAGCACAGGGCUUAUAUGACUCUUUAUCUGAUAUAGACAUCCUCAGUGCUGUUCUUUGCCAUCCCAAGCAGGGCCAGAAGUCUGUCGGGCAGUAUGCCACUGACUUCCUGCUGCUGGCCCGGCAUUUGUCUUGGUCUGAUGCCAUUCUACGGACCAGGUUUCUGGAAGGACUCUCAGAAGCUGUUACUACCAAAAUGGGCCGGAUCUUCCUGAAGGUGGCUGGUAGCCUAAAAGAACUGAUAGACAGGUCUCUCUACACAGAGUGCCAGCUGGCUGAAGAGAAAGAUUCCCCAGGCAACCCACGUCAGGUUAUCCCAACAGCCUGUAAGCGGAAUAGUGAGGAGGCAAUGGAGAAUGAACCGAACUCUCAUCAGCAGACUGAGGAGUACCAGCAUGUUCCUAAACGGUGUUACUACCUGAAAGAGCAUGGAGACCCUCAAGAGGGUCUGCAUGACCAUCUUCGACAGCACAGAGACCAUCAGAAGGCCCCCACCAAGAAGUAAUGCUCCCUGUAUUCUUCUGUGAUACCUAAUUUGGCUGCUAAUUUGAGGACAGUUUCCUGGACCCAUUCCAUUUAAAUGCUUUAUAAACCUCUUGGCCUUUCCCCUUCAGCUUCCCCCCUCCACGCUCAUCCCACACUUUCUGCCACUUGACUUACUUGGCCUUCUCUUUCACUCCACAUGCCUGUUAUCUGCCCUGACAAUCAAAGUGUCAACUUCAAGAGUGUUUGGUGUAUGAGAUUCUGAACUCCCAUACCGUCAAGAUGUGUCCUAGUUCCUGGUCCAGGGAGAAGUCUAGACAGGAGAAACCAUGCCCUACCUCAAAAACACCUUAGAGUGUCUUGCCAUGUGUCAUCAGGCAAACUUGAGGAAGACCUGGUUCUGGCAGGGGAGCAUAUAAGAAGAGUGAUGUCCACUCCUGUUCUAGCCUGUGACCUGUUAGUCUUCCCUCUGUAUGCCCCAAGUUCAUAGCACCUAAGUGGGUCUCCAGGGUCUCUGCCCUGUUUAUAAUAUCCACCAUAAAUCAUUUGUUUUGAGUCAUAGUGAGGUAAUCAUAAUAAUGGUUGAUAUUUAUUAUGUGCGUUGUAAUAGGCAUUGUGCUAAAUUCUUGACAAGUAUCAUCUCAUUACAUUCUUACCAUAACAUAACCUGUUCUUGUCAGCUUCUGUGAUCUCUGAGUGUAUUGUUGAUGGCCUUGUCUUGUCUCUCAGUGUCAAAUCUCUAUCUCUGACCUCUUGGUGAUCCCCUCAGUAAUUAAUUGCCCUCACUACCCUUGGCUAUUGUGCUUUGUGGUCAGGACUCUGAUAAAUAGCCUGAUCUUUAACAGGCAUAGAUGAUUAGAGUAUAAUAUGAACAGUGUUUGCCUUCAGGUGGUGGAAUUGUGGGUGUUUAUAUUUUCUUCUUCCUACUUCUUUGUACUUUGCAGAUUCCUUAUGGUAAGCAUGCAAUUCAUUUGUAAUCAUAAAAGUAAAUAAAGUUCAUUUAUGAAAAAAG